AUGUUGGGACGAAGCCGCGCUCAUACACAUUUACGAAUCUUAUGGGGAACACAACCUACCGAGCUUCUGACGACGUUAGUCUUUGGUAUGCUAGCAACGUUUUCACUACGAGCCUUGCUGCUACGUUUAGUUCUUUUAUGUAGUUUCAAUCCCGUGAUUAUACUCAUUACAGCCUUGAACUGGUUGCCUGCUCCAACAGACAUCGUUGUCCUGGACAAAACGAACACAUCGCUGGAGAUUUCCUGGUCGCCGCCGGUCAUCCAUGAAACCGGUCAUAACGCCGUCAUCAAUCAGCACUUGAUGAACGUGUACGAGUUUAUACCAUCGUCAAAGUCGCUUGUGAAGAAAUUCUCGCUCAAUGUGCCCGUACCGAAGACGUCGUAUUCCAUUGGACGUCUCACACCUGGUUCUGUCUACAAUGUCACUCUCCAGGUACUUUUUGAAUCUUUUUUUCCCGGCAUUUCAUUUUCGCGUCCUCAUCAGUUUUGA